CUCGGACCCAGCGGAUCACGGAAAGAGCCAAAGAUUGCCACCUGUCAGUGUCUAUCAGUGCCAGCAGUCAGUGCUCAUCAGUGCCACGUGCCAGUGCCCAUCAGUGCCACAUCAAUGCCACAUAUCAGUGCAUACCAGUGCACAUCAAUGCCACAUAUCAGUGCCCGUCUGAGCUGUCUUUCAGUGUCACUCAUCAGUGCCAGUCAGUGCUACCUAUCAAUGCCAAUCAGUGCCACCUAUCAGUGCUGCCAAUCAAUGCCACCUAUCAGUGACAGUCAGUGUCGCCUAUCAGUGCACAUCAGUGCCGCCUAACAGUGCCAGUCAGGGCCGCCUAAUAGUGACAGUCAGUGCCGCCUAUCAGUGACAGUCAGUGCCGCCUAUCAGUGCCAUCUAUCAGUGCCAUAUAUCAGUGUCAUGUAUCAGUGCUGCCUUUCAGUGCCCAUCAGUGAUGUCUGUCAAUGCCCAUCAGUGCAAAUUACCAGUGCCUCCUCAUCAGUGCCCAUCAGUGCCACCUAUCAGUGUCCAUCAGUGCAGCCUAUCAGUUCCCAUCACUGCAGCCUCAUUAGCGCACAUCAGUGAAGGAGAAAAAUCACUUAUUUACAAAAUUGUAUAACAAAAUCUAAGAAAAAACUUUUUUUUUUUCAAAAUUUUCUGUGGUUUUUGGUUUGUUUAAGAAAAAAUAA